AUGACUAACUUAUCGGCUGAAUCAAUCGUCCUAUCUGCUGACUUGACUGUGGAUUCACCUAUAUCUCAAGCAUCUACUCAAGUCAAUGCUCUCCUUGCCAGUACACAUUAUAUACUGGAAUGUAUACAUGCCGUAGGCCUUCCCUGGUGGGCGACCAUCUUUUGUGCAACAUUUUUGCUCCGCACAGCUAUCACCACUCCAGUAGCGAUCUAUCAGCAACGAGCUGUGGGAAGGAUGAUGAUGUUAACGCCAGUGCUCCAGGCUUGGUUGGAGACACUCAAGGCCAGUGUGAGUAUCGAUCAUAAGCUCAAAGAUCGCGACUAUUCAACUUUCAAUCAGGAAAUUCAGAACGCAUAUCGCGCCAAAGUCAAGGAAUUGUAUUCUAAGCAUAAGUGUAAUCCCCGUGUCAGUUUUCUGUUACCUUGGGUUCAAAUACCGCUCUUUGUUACUAUGUCGUUGACGAUUCGAGGCAUGGCUGGAUACCCUUUACCUUUCUUGGGUGACUCUAGGCUCGUGCCUGAAUCAGGGUUUACAGAGGGCGGCACUCUUUGGUUUACAGACCUAGCAGCCUCAGAUCCAACAUGGAUCAUGCCGGUUGCCAUUGGCGCCACUAACCUACUCAAUGUUGAGAUGAACAGCUCGAUGAUGAGUAAAACUCCUACAAGGAACCAAAUUAUUUUCCGCAACCUGUUCCGCGCUCUAUCCAUAAGCAUGAUUCCUAUUGCACAUGAGGUGCCCAUGGCUAUUUGCCUAUAUUGGCUUUCAUCAGGAACAUACAGUGUCGUUCAAAACCUUGCAUUCCGUAUGCCUGGUGUUAGGCGAUGGUUGAAGUUACCACCUCUACCCAAACAAGCUCUCCAGUAA